AACCACUCUACGGCAAAUGCUCCAAUCCACGAUUAGAGUCUCUCAAGUAAAGGCCGCCAGCCCCGGUUUCGACGACCGCCGGCGCCGAGUCUCUGGCCGAUUCCUCCUGCUCGCCACGACUCUGAUCGGAAUCUUCAAUUCUCCACUCUGCCAGUUAAAUUGUUUUGGCCACCAUUGAUACUUGGUCGAAAGAAUUGUAACUAACAUCAAAAGGAUGGAUAAAGUUAUUUUAGGCAUGCCAGGACCAUGGGCUGAUGAUAUCUAUGAAGUAGCUGAUCAUUACACCAAUAAAAUUGGUGGACUUCCAGACUGGCCUUUUUCGGUUAGCAUGAUAAGGUCUCAUCUGCUUGAGUGCAGUGCUUGUAAAAACAGUCUAUGUCUCCUUGCACAGGUUAUACAAUUUGAAGCUGUUUUAUUGCUGAGAUGUUUAUCGUUUUUCCCCAAUCCAUGACAGAUGCUAAUAUUUUGUUUGCUAUCUCAUCUUUCAUUUGCAUACUCAGGUUUAUGCUCCUAUUUCAAAAAAUCAUAUUAGUAUUGAAGAACGGGUAAUUUAUAUUUUUGGUUGUGCUGCAUCAAAAUGUGGGAGCACACCCGCAAGGUGUUUUAAAAUCCAAUUCCAGCAUAGAGUUAAGCAAAUGAUGUAGUUUUGUGCUGAUUAGAUGUACUUGUUUUAUACAUUCUGCUUUCCAUAUAGCUGGAGAGCUCUUAGAGUUCAGAAACCUGUUAGUGGUGAAGGAUCAAAAUUCCCCUCUGAUGAUGAUACUGCCCCUUUACCUGAAUUUUCUGUUUCCACUACAAAUAAUGACUGGAAAAAGGAUUUGUGGAGUUUUGAUUCUGCUGAAGAGGAGGAUGCUGAAAAUGAUAUAGACUUGGAAGAGUUGAGUAGGGCAUUUUCUGAGGCUGCUAGCCUGGCCUCUCAUUCCAAGAAGAAAAUUCGCGAUCAUGAGCGUAAUGCAAAACCGUUGUUAUUAGGCCACACAUCUCGAGUAGUUGAUGGAAAAAAACCAGUGAUGCCUUGUUUCUAUAUACAUGCGGAGGAGGAGAAGUUCUCAAAAAAAUCACUGCCUUUUAUCAUUGAACGAAAUGUUGAAUUUGAUAAUUCAAAUGAUGAAGUGUGGGAAGAGGAGAAGUAUGAAUAUGACAGUGCACUGAAUGUAGACAGGACUUUCUUUAAAUUCAAAAAGCGAAUAGAUGCAUACCCACAGCAAUGUUUCAGAUACUCAUACGGCGGAAAGCCACUAUUAGCUUCUGCAGAGCAGUGUGAUCCUGAGAAAUGCAGGAUGUGUGGUGGAUCUAGGCACUAUGAAAUGCAGUUGAUGCCCCCAUUGUUAUAUUUUCUACAUGAAGCUUGUAGUGACAAACUGAAGCAAUCUGUGGAUAAAUGGAACUGGGUGACUUUAAUUGUGUAUACAUGUUCCAAGAGCUGUUGGGACAUUUCAUCUGAAGGAAACUGUGGCAAAGAUGAUGGGUGGACGGUAGCAGAGGAGGCCAUUGUUGUACAGUAUGAAUAGAAUGCUAAAAUUAGUGCCAAGGAGUAAUACAAUACUUUGACUAUA